AUGCUGAUCAAGUGCGGGCCGCUGUCAGACUUCACUCAGUCACGAUAUGUGAUUUAUCUCUCUACCGGAAAGCGGCUGGUGCUAUUCCGCCUGCCAACCAUCGACCCAGGGAGCUCAAAACCCAACGAGACCCAGGAUGGAUGGUCAUAUUAUGCCAUGGAGGCUGAAUGCCCCCAUGCCGGUGGUCCAAUGGCCGAUUCGCAAGUGGAUAUUGAGGAUUCCGCAUACAUCGUGUCCUGCCCGUGGCAUGCAUACGAUUUCAACGUAGAGACCGGCGAAUCGAGCGUUGGUAUCAAAGCAUGCACAUUCCCUGUUGAUGUUCGGGACGUUUUCGUGACAAUAGAUUUUCCAACCGAGGAUGGUCGCCACGUUGAGCUCGUCAAAGCCGAGCCCGUGAGUGAGAAGGUCAAAUUGAAGCGCGGCCUAUCAUCCCCGCAGACUGCAACUACUCCACAAGGACCCGGCACGGCCCAUUACCUGGAUGAGAAUGCGACGCUUUGUGACUGGGCUGCUCACGUCUUGAAUACUGCUUAUCCUGAGCACAAGAUUGAGUUGGCAACUCAUCUAUUCUCUACAUUUACCGCACGGGAGGCAUCUUCUUCCCCGAUGGAGCUCGGGAGAGGCACGGUUCGCCCUCCUGAUCAACCACCUCGCGAACAGUUAACGACAGUUGAGGCGUCGGCAAUGCCCAAAACGGGACGAGGCGGUACCCUCAAAAGCCGAAUUUCCAUGCUUCACGCUCUAGCCAACAUUGAGUUAUGGGCCAUCGACCUGGCCAUUGAUAUCUGCGUGCGGUUCUCCACAUUCCAGACCGAGGGCAACUCUCAAGAAAUACCGCGAGCUUUCUUUCAUGACUGGUUGAAGGUGGCCAACGAUGAGGCCAAGCACUUUUCUUUGCUUCGGACUCGACUCGAGGAAAUGGGCUCGUACUUUGGUGCUCUUCCUGUUCACCACAGCCUCUGGCUCUCGGCUACGGAAACCGCACACGAUCUUCGUGCUCGGAUUAGCAUAAUUGCUCUCGUACACGAGGCUCGAGGGCUUGACGUCAACCCCAUGACUAUUGAGAAAUUCCGCAAAGCGGGCGACAGUGAAAGUGUGCAGGCACUGGAGGUUAUUCACAAUGACGAAAUCACCCACGUUACUACCGGCCACCGAUGGCUGACGUGGAUUUGUGAUCAAGAGGGGACUGAUCCUGUGAAGAUUUUCCGCUCAAACGUCCAGAAGCACUUCAAGGGUCCCAUCCGAGGCCCGUUCAAUGAAGAGGCCCGACUACAGGCUGGCAUGGAUCGAAGAUACUACGACAAUCCUUCGGGUCACGCCAGUGAGGUAGUGGCCUCAUGA